AUGAUAGUACCACGAGCCAUCGAUGCCUUACGCGUUACGUAUGAUGCAUCUGAUCCACUGGUAGCAGCCUUGUUUCUUGACGGGUCUCCUGUCAUCCCUGGAAAGUUCUGUCAGGCUCAGGUUCACCAUCCAGAUCACCAAAGUGACGAGCCGCGAAUAUGCUUACCCAAGAUCUUUUCUGGUGGGUUCUUCUUAUCCAUUCGAGUUGAGCGCUCCAAUGAGCGAAGGCUGCUAUUCAUUUUACCAGCUAACAAGUUCGCAAUGAUAUCUGCACCGGAAACCUCCCGACUACCAAGCGAGCGUACGUCAAUUUGGCAACGUGCUAUAAAUGCAGGUAAGCCUUCGAAUUGUCCAUUGGACGUUCAUCCUCUGGACUCACUGCCUGCGGACCUUUACCAGAUGAUCAAUGUAGCCUCAGUCGUUUCUUAUUUGCAGACAGUCAAGUACUUUAAAGGUAUGAUUUCACCACUAGCACGUUUUUUUGAAGCUGAUCAUAGUGUUGAAAAAAUCGGUUGGGCUCCUCUUAUAGUUGUCAGCUUUACUAUCUGGAUUUUUGACUAUUCCUUGACAUUUGAUCAAGAGGUACGCCACAUAUGGAUUAGAAGCUGGGGUCUUGUAGAAACAUUCUUCUUUGGUUCGCGCUACAUUCCUCUUCUUGGCCUCUUAACGGAUUUCUACUGUGAGUUCUCUCGAACUUUGAUGUUCGAUUUGUUCGAACGGGCCCUUCCAGUUACUUUCAUGCCAUAUCAUGAGACGAGUUGUCGGCCAUGGUAUGAUGCUGCAUCAUGGCUAAACACGUUUGGGAUCUGGGCAGCGGAAGGGCUAAUAUUACUGCGAACGUACGCAUUGUACCAAUGCAGUAGGAAACUGCUAAUCGCAUUCAUCUUAUACAUUUCUGUUGCCGAGGUUGCCACUAUACUUAUUGAAAUCCAUGAACUGCGUUCUAUACAAUAUGCUCCAUCUUUUGAAAGGACCCCACGCUGUUUUGUAGCUGCAGGGAGUAGGAUCUUCGGGAUCAACUACGGCAUGCUGCUGGUCUUCGAGCUCAUCAUAAUGUCUUUAACGAUAUACCAGUACUUCCGCCAUCACCGCUCUAGCCGUCAUCAGCUACUAAACACAGUCUAUCAAGACGGCAUCUCCUACAUUGUGUGUCUGGCUUGCCUCUCUACCGUCAACGUCCUCGUUUUCGUCGUUGCGCCAUCCGAGUAUAGCGGGUUGCUUGACACGUUUCAGCUAGCUAUGCAUAGUGUACUAUCGUCGCACGUUCUGUUCAACCUUCGUGAUAUGACAAGAUUAUCGACGCUAGGCCCUAACAGGCUCACGAUAACAUCGAUAUUUUCUCAGCUCACGUUUGGAAGUAGGACCGAUGACGACGAGACUUAUCACUGGCCGCAUAAUGUGCCGCUAGAGCAUUGCAAUGGUUCACAUCGGCAGUCACGGCCUGGCGUCGGUCCUGAAGCAACGCAAUCUGGAGUUGAUAAUGAGGAAACAUGGACAGGGAUCAUUGAGGUCCCUCGCAUACCAGUGUGA